GAGUUGAAAUAGUGGGUAGCACUCAGUCUCACUCUCGCUCGCAGGUCGCACCUUCCCAGCUCGCACGAGAUCAGUGUGACGGUGGUUCUUACCGAGAAGAGACGUGCAGUCAGUGUGACAUCGCCAGACCGGCAACCAGGGCCCUUCACUUGUUCUACAGAGAGAGAUGCUGGCGCGGUUCCUGCUAGCGGUCGGGGUGGUGGUGGUGGCGGUGGUGGCGGCGCCCACGGAAGAGAAGGGCCUUCCCGCUGAGCACCGCCAGUCCUCCACACAGGCACAGACGCCCCACCCUAUCGAGGACAUUAUGGACGCUGUGUUGAACUCUGAGACCGUAUCGGCUGUGGAUGAGGCGGCAGCGCAGGUAACCAGCGUCUUCGGGGAAAUCAUCGACGACCUGGGAGACUUUGUUGUGCAGAGAGUAAAGGACCUGCCGGACACUAUCAAGCAGGUGUCCGACACUGUGAGCAAGGCGGUGAGCGACGGCCGGGAGCAGGUGGUGAUCGUGGUGAAGGGAGUGAGGAACCGAGUACAUAACCACACCACAGCGGCCGUCCCCACCGUGGUGAAGACCGUGGACAGAGUGGCCAACGCCACCACCUCCUCCAAGACGGCGGCCAGCUUCCAGGACCUCCACCAGCGCAUGGCCGUGUCGCUCAGCCGCAUCUUCGGGUCCCUCUUCUACAACAUGGACGAGAUUGACUCGGCCAUGGCCGACGGAAUCAGACGCAUCACAGUAGGAGACAGAAACUCGAACAAGGCAGACAAGGCCUCAUCUCAGCCACCUUCACAACAACAAAACGAAGUUGAGGUUUUGUCAUAAAUGUCCUGAGGAGAAGGGCCGCAGCAGGACUCCGAUGUCUCCUCCCAUUGCCUGUACCGGUUGAAGUUGUAGCGGUUAUGACUCGAUAGAAAUGGUUUGAACCAAUCUACUAAAACCACAGACCUAUUUAUAUCCUGUAUACUUUAAUAUAAUACUGACCACUAUGAGGCAAUAUGUAGAGUUUUACCAAAAGCAGUUUUUCUCCCUACAUGGAUGCAACACCCAUGAAUUCACUGCCUUACGGAUUUUUCUCUUGGUCAUUAUUCAGUGGAAUGACCAUCUCAAGAAGUUAUCAUUCAAAUGUCCUAAGUGUAAGGAACGAAUGGGCAAUCUUUCAAACACAUACACACACACACGAUUGUAGCUCAGGCCCAGGGGUCUAGGACAAUUGGCCUCGGCCACCUGGCCGCAGACUAAUUGGCCGCGGCCAACUCGCCGCCAUAUGGAACUUUUUGUUGUUGAUAGGUAAAAUUGUGUUUGAUAAAACAAGAAGGUUGAAAUUUCUUUAUGGAAUGCUCUAUUGAAAUGAAAAAAUAUAAGAUACUUAUGCAAAACUUUUAAAAUUUCAAAAUUACUUUAUUAAGUAAUUGAGAAGACAAAUUAAGAUGCAACUGAAAAAAUCAAUGAAAAGUUAUGGGCAAGUCCCCCAAGAUAUUCAUCAAAAUUUCUACCCUCAAAUUCACUGACAAUUGCUUUAAUUCUUUCAUCUACUUGUCUGUAUUUCUUCAACUUGACAAGAUGGAUCUUGCCCUGCGAUCAGCUGCUCGGAAUAUAGGUCUCUUCCACGUUGAACUUAUUCAAACCAUCAAUAAAUUUCCAAACAGCAGGAUGUUGCAUUCCAACUUAAUUUUGCAGUCUUCCAUGAGCAGCUUCUGCGUGAUUGCUUGUCCUGUCUUCGUCAUUUAAGGAGAGUUCAUAAACGUGACACAUUUCCUGUGGAAAAAGUGGAGCACGUAUGCCAUUACCCCUUCUGUUUCUUCUGCCAACAUAGUUGUCCUCAAACCAACCAAGAAGCACUUGAAGUUAAUCUGGCAGCUCAUCAGAGAUUUUCCAAUGCUUGUCAAAUAAUCCAUGGGGACAAAUGCCAGGGCCAUUGUUUGUUUUUCUUCAUUCCUACCUUCCCCAACACACAGUCGUUUCCAUCACAACUAUCAGAGAGCUAUCACAGACUUAUCGCAGUCACCUCCCGAUGUUUUUAUAAAAAUAAAAAUGCAGGUUAGCGGAGGAAGUUAAUGGGUCCCAUUAGGGUUACCAAAUAGCAUAAACCCAACCUAAGUCAGUCAUCAAGAGAUUCGUGUCUUAUUAACACAAUCACAUAUGUAUCCGCGGCGGUCAGUUGUCCCAGUCCCCAGGCCCGGUAUACUGCAACUAGGUAAACAUACACACACACACCAGACAAAUUAUUUUCAUUAACUGUAGCAGAUUCAGCAGCGACGUUGGUACAGACUGGCAACAAAUACAGUCUCUGCUUGAAUGAUGCACCACAUAAGCUAAGUAGCUGUAAGAAACUGCAUAAACUUUGUAGAAAGGAUACCUAGCUUCAUUUAAAAUGGCCCUAGUUUAUUUGGUAGUGUAUCUUGUUCUAUGUACUGUUGUGUGUUGAAUGUCUGAAUAAAUGUUUUGAUACUA